GGAGAGCUGAGAGGAGAAUAGUUGUAAAUAGAGAGUGUCUUCUAGUUGUGUGCAACGUCGUAAUUGAUAUUAAUUAUGGAUCAUUAGGGAGAUUUUAAAACGAUUUGACGGGCUGAUGGUUGUUGAAAAGAUGGCUAAAGACGAAGGCGAUGAUCUUUUGCCAGACAAGGACGCGGCUAAGGGCUUCUACGCUAAAUACGAGCCGAAAGAAAUUUUGGGAAGAGGGAUUUCAUCUACUGUAAGAAGGUGCAUAGAGAAAGAAACUGGGGUACAGUAUGCAGCAAAAAUUAUUGACAUUAGCAAUGAGCCAAAUGAUGGUGCAGAUGACCACACUAUGAAGGAUGCAACUAUCCAAGAGAUACAUAUUCUUCGCAGAGUGGCUGGCCACUCGUAUAUAAUCGAACUGCACGACGUUUUUGAAUCAAGUACCUUCAUUUUCCUCAUUUUCGAACUCUGCAAGAAUGGAGAACUUUUUGACUACCUCACAUCGGUUGUAACGCUUUCUGAAAAAAAAACACGAUAUAUUAUGAGGCAGGUGCUAGAGGGUGUACAGCACAUUCAUAAUCAGAAUAUAGUUCACAGGGAUCUGAAACCUGAAAAUAUAUUACUAGAUGACAAUUUAAAUGUAAAAAUAACAGACUUCGGGUUUGCAAGAUGCUUAAAGCCAGGUGAAAAAUUGUUUGAUCUGUGCGGCACACCUGGAUAUCUUGCACCAGAAGUAUUAAAGUGCAACAUGUUCGAGAAUGCUGAGGGCUAUGAGUACGAAGUUGACAUUUGGGCUUGUGGCGUGAUCAUGUUUACCCUAUUGGUUGGUUGCCCACCAUUUUGGCAUAGGAAGCAAAUGAUUAUGCUUAGAAAUAUAAUGGAAGGAAAAUACUCAUUCACAUCUCCGGAGUGGGCUGAUAUAACAGAAGCUCCAAAAGAUCUGAUACGAAAAUUACUCGUCGUUGAUCCAAAGAAGAGGAUUUCAAUUAAAGAUGCAUUGGAGCACUCUUUCUUUCAAACAGUGUUAUGGGAUCAAGACAUUGCACCUCUAAAACGGUCUCUAUCCUCUAACUCUCGACGUCUCAGUCGGAUAUCCCAGUUAGCUUUGGAAUUAAAAGCAAGAUCGUUCAAUGCUCGGAAACGAUUUCAAUUGGCAAUUAUAUGCGUCAGAGCUGUGGUUCGUAUCAAAAGAUUACAUACUACUCCUGAGACCAUGUCUGCAAAUGUGGCUCGCACCGAUCCGUAUAGGAUCAAACUUUUGAGAAAGGUAAUCGAUGGCUGUGCAUUCAGAGUUUAUGGUCAUUGGGUAAAGAAAGGUGAAGGCCAGAAUCGAGCAGCGCUGUUUGAGAAUACACCAAAAACUGAACUGAAACAUCUCUACGUGACGAACCUCAGCAGAUAGCUGCCAAUUGCAUAGAAAAAUGCCUAGUUCAAUUCUUUUAUUUGAUAAGCCCAAGAAAGUGUUACAUUGUAUCAUUUUCUCUACCUUUAAAUAUGUUACAAUUUGUAUCCUAUUUUUUUCCUUCAUCGCAUUUUAGCCAAGACUUGGUUAAACUCGAUUGUUCUGUGAUUUCAAAUCUUAGAAAUUGUCGUAAUCAAUGACACACGAACUCUCAACUGUGUGAAAUAUAAUCUAGCACUGUUUGAAAUGAAAACAAAGUCAAUUCUUCACCAAAAAAGAUUUGACAAUUUUAAAUUAAGAAUAACUUUUUAAUUUAAAUUUACAAUCUUGGGGUAUCAGUGUUUGUACAGAAACCAAGGUACUCAGUAUAAAGUGGAAUCAUGGCGAUUCGCGUUGAUAUUAUUUAGUUAGAUAUUUCGUUAUAUAUGCAACAAAACUUGUUAAAUAUAAGUGAUGUUUACGUAACAUUAUAAAAGCGUUAUGAUCUGCACAAAAGAAAAAGACAAAAAAUGUAGCAAUGGCGUUUGCGGUCGUCUCUCUUUCAAUAUCCUAGCAAAAUACCACUAUUAAUUUCUGAUGGUACUAAUGUUUAAGCACAGCAGAAGCUAUUUCAAAAUAAUAUUGACAAAUAUCACAUGAUUGUA